UAAUUAAAUAUGUAUCUUCACAAACAGAACUAAAACCAUGAACUGUUAAAAUGUAUUAGAUCUAAUAAUGAAAUGGAAACACUCUGGCCACUUUUAAAUAUGUUGUUAUUUUCUAUAUCAAAUUAAGGAAAUAAAACAUUAAAAUACUAUACAGCUUGAUACGGGUACAUGCUAUUGAAAAACGAUGAUAAACCCAAAUAAAUUAAUUUUCGAAAAAAUGAAAAUAAGGUUAUUAUAUAAAUGUAUAAAAAAUCGAAUUUACCCACCAGGACUGAUAAAAAAUGUACCUGUAUAAAAUACAUUUGUAAGAAUUAAUUAUUUUAGCUAUGUUUUUCAUAUGUCUACAGUGCAUUGCAACCUUUAUUAGCCAUCGGCAGUGUCAUGUUCCAUCCCUUUGUCUCACAAACUAGCACAAUUGGUGCAUUUUGAGCGGAUUACGUUUAUGAUUUUGGAGAUUCGAACCCCAACAGUUGUGACCAAAGUUUACAGCGUUGAAGGUAGUGUGGUGCUACCCAUGCUCUAUCUCACAACCUCACUAUAAAAAGAGUUCCAUGGUGAAGAGUGGACACAGUGGUCUAGUGGUAACACUGUCUGACUACGAAACCAAGUCAUGAGUUCGAGUCACCGUUCCUAAAAAUGUAUUACUUGCACGUACUUGUGUGCCGAACGGCUGCAGCUAUACUGCACUGUGUAAUUUCAUAUUGGCAUUAGACGACGAACGUAAAAUUCUUGUCCGCUUCACUGCUUUUGUCUUCACCUUAAUUUGUCCGAAACGACGUCAACGUCAUGUUUCCAAAAAUGGUUUCAACAGUAUAGGCAACGCAACUGCACUGAAUGGCUUUAUGUAUUUAGAAGUUUUUGUGGUACCAUAAAUUGCAUAAAGAAUAACAACAUGUGUAGUAUGAAUAUUUGUAUGUCAUAAAAGUACGGAAUCCGGUAAGUGCCACAUUGAAUGUCGUGUGUCACCCUUUGGGGGCGACACACGACAUGGCGCACGACAUUGCAACGCGACGGACCACAAUGUACAACGAUACACGACAUUUUAACAUUUGAAUGUCUCAUUGUCGCGCUAUUUUCGCAUGUCGAGGUAAUUUAUUAAGGGCGACACACGACAUUCAACGAGACAUACGACAACGAGCAAUGACACACGACUGUAUCGCGCAAAUGUCGCGGAAUUGUCGCAUGUCGAGGUAAUUUAUUGAGGGAGACACACGACAAUCAACGCGACACACGACACGACUCACGUUGUACAUUGUCGUCCGUCGCGUUGCAAUGUCGUUCGUUGUGUUGCGUUGAAUGUUGUGUGCCGCGUUCUUAGUGCGACACACGACACGGCACUCGACAAUGAACAACGACACUCAAUUUUUACUGCAAUAUUUUUUUGCCAAAUGUUAAAAUCUCGUGUGUCGUUGUACAUUGUCGUCCGUCGCGUUGCAGUGUCGUGCGUCGUGUCGUGUGUCGCGUUGAUUGUUUUUCGUCUCCCUCAAAGAGCGACACACGACAUUCAAUGUGGCACUAACCGGAUUCCGUAUAAAAGAGAAAAUAAGUAUAUAAAUUCGGGUGACUGCUGCCCGUAGCGAGACAUAUACAAGCAGCAGUAAACGUAGUAUUAGUAAGUUGUCUCGCUUAUAUUAAAACUGUCCUCUUUUCCAAUAAUUAUUUGAUAAAUCUUACAGCAUUCAAUACUCCGUAUUUAACAAACCAUUAAUGUGCCUUUCACGUCGUUAGACGGACGAGAGGCUGUAUACAACGGAAAUACAAAGAAGAUAAGUGAGUUCUGUGCUGAAUUUCACGUGAAUGUUAAGAUGACUUGCAGUUCAGACGAGCUUUCAUCGCUGUUCCAGGUAGCUGAGGCGGUAAAAGAGAAAGGGCUGGGGACAUGUGGUCUUAUAUUCGGUAUAGACUACACGAUGAGCAACAAGGUCCAGGGAGAGAAAACUUUCCGUGGGAGAAGUUUACAUGACAUCAGCGAAGAUAUGAAAAAUCCGUAUCAGCAGGUGAUAGAAAUCCUUGGAGAAACUUUAGAAUAUUUCGACAAUGACAGAGUUAUUCCGGCAUUUGGAUUUGGUGACUUCGAAACUAAAGAUCAAGGAAUAUUUUCUCUGACUGAAGAGGGGUAUUGCCAUGGAUUCAGAGAAGUUUUGGAUACUUAUAAUAUGGUGACACCGUGUGUAAAGUUGUAUCGGCCAACGAAUUUCGCCCCGAUUAUUUACAAGGCAAUCAACAUUGUUGAAGAAACCAAAAAGUACCAUAUUUUAGUGAUAGUAGCGGACGGACAGAUGACUAGUGAAGAAGACACUGAACGUGCUAUAGUGAAAGCUUCAGAGUGUGCACUCUCUAUCAUAGUUAUAGGUGUUGGAGAUGGACCCUGGGGCGUAAUGAGGGAGUUUGAUGAUAAACUUCCCGACAGAUUAUUUGAUAAUUUCCAGUUCGUAGAAUUCAACGAAGUGAUGGCGUCAUCUAUGCAUCCUCCAGCUGCCUUCGCCCUCAGCUGCUUAAAAGAGAUUCCACAUCAAUAUAAAGCUAUCAAAGAACUUGGAUAUUUAGAAGAUUUGUAAUCGUUUAAUUUAAAAUUAGAGACUGAAUGUUGAAAUUAUUAUAUGAUCUGAACGCUGAAUGUUAAAAUCAUCAUUUAAUUAGAUAUAAGACAUUGAAAACUAAAAUUAUCAUUUAAUUUGAAAUUAAAAACUGAAGAUUAAAAUUAUCAUUUAAUUUGAAAUUAGGGACUUAAUGCUAAAAUUGUGUUCGUUGAAAAUAACAUUGACGAUUGUAUACUUUUCUGAAAUUAUGUUCGUUGCAAAUAACAAAGACGAUGGUAUACUUCUGAAUAUGCAAAUGCUUUGUUCAUUUGUAACAUUUUGCUACAUAUAUAUAGAGGAUUUGGUGUAUCUGGGUACUUACUGAUGUGAAUAUGUUGUCGCUUCUUUUUUGUUGUUGUUAUAGUUGUUAUGAU